AUACAACCAAUGGCUUUAAGUGUGAAACAGAGAUAAAGCAAUGCCAAGCCCAAAUUAUACAGAUGUGACUGAAUGUAUUCUUUUGGGCCUAACCAGUCAACAAGAACUCCAGAUCCUCUUUUUUGUGAUAUUCCUAUUUGUAUAUGUUAUCACUCUGGUGGGGAAUCUUGGCAUGAUCAUCUUAAUCAAUGUCAGUCCCAAGCUCCAGAGCCCUAUGUACUUCUUUCUCAGCCAUUUGUCCUUUGUGGAUGCCUGGUUCUCCUCCAAUGUUACCCCUAAAAUGCUGGAAAACUUAUUAUCCAAGACCAAAACCAUUUCUUAUGUUGGGUGUUUAAUACAGUGUUAUUUUUUUAUUGCUCUUGUAUAUAUGGAGAUCAAUAUCUUGGCAGUGAUGGCCUUUGAUCGAUUUAUGGCAAUUUGGAACCCUCUCCUUUAUGGGAGCAAAAUGUCAAGGAUAGUUUGUAUUUGGCUAAUCACAGUCCCUUAUGUUUAUGCGUUCUCUAUUAGUAUAAUUUGUACCUGGUGGACCCAUGGAUUGCAUUUCUGUGGAAACGUUGAAAUCAACCACUUCUAUUGUGCAGAUCCACCACUCAUCAAGAUAGCCUGUGGUGGUGUUCAUAUCAAGGAAUAUACCAUGCUUGUUCUUGCAGGAAUUAGUAUCACAUGCUCUCUGGCUGUGGUACUGAUCUCUUACACAUGCAUUGUGGUGGCCAUCCUCCGAAUACGCUCUGCAGAGGGGAGAAGGAAAGCUUUCUCCACUUGUAGCUCUCACCUCACUGCUGUCACCAUCUUCUAUGGGACUCUCAUUUUUAUGUAUCUCAGGCAUCCCACAAACGAAUCUGUACAGCAGAGCAAAAUGGUGGCCGUGUUUUAUACCACAAUCAUUCCUAUGUUGAAUCCCAUGAUCUAUAGUCUAAGGAACAAGGAUGUAAAAGAAGCAAUGAACAAAGCUAUUCAGAGGUCUUGUUUAAUGAAAUAAUUCAGGCUCCAGUAUCUUCAAAUAUGAAAACAUCAAUAAUCAAUCAUAGAUCACUAGAAUUUAAAGGAUGCCAUAGUACAUCAUUUCCAACUUCCACUUGAGCAAGAAUCACUGCUACAAUAUUUCUGAAAAAGAAUCAUAUAUUUAGAGAUAUGUAGAGGGUCUACAGUAGCUACAGUCAAGAAGAUUUGAGUUCAAGUCCCAUAUCAGAAAUUAGAAGCUCUGUGACUGAGGGAAGUAAUUCAAUCUCUGCCUCAGGUUCCUCAAGUUUAAAAGAAAUAUAAUAAUACAAUCUAUCUCAGGUUUGUUUUUGGAAUCUUAGGAGAUACUUAUGAAGCUCUUAGUGUAGGUCUUUGCAACUGGAGUCAUUUAAUGUAUGCAUAUUCCUUCUCAAAUGAGGUUUAAAUGAGAAGAAACUCACUCCCUCUUAUAAUUUCCCAUUCCAAUUUUGAUCUUUUACAGUUGAAGAAAUCUUUCUCCUUAUACUGAAAUUAAUCUAAAAGUACAAACAUAUUCUUUAUUUAUCUUCUUAGGUAAUUGGGAACACAAAAUAUAUCUAUGUUGAUAGAAAACAAUUUGUCAUCUGAUACUCAAAUUCAAAGAUUUCUAAAUUGAUUUUAAUAUAGAAUAUUACACAUAGUAUAAAGUGCACUAAGGUAGAAUCAUCUAAUUGGAUUCUUUACUAUUCCUCUACUGUGUUACAUACAAGGAUAUUAAGUUAAACUGAUUUCUUGAAUUGUCAAAUAUUCAGUAAAUGUUUACUCCUGACUCAUAGAAGUAAGAAUAUGAGAAUAAUUUAAAAGAAUCAUUUUAUAUCCAUGAUUUGAAUGAAUUUGUGAAUGUUAGGGAUACUCCAGUGUGAAAAGAUCUGAAUCAUAUCAACGUUAAAACAAUUAACUUGACUAGAAAUUCUAGAAGCAACAUAAGACACUAAGUAUUGUUCACAUCAAAUCCAAUGAGGCCACCUCUAUCCCAUAAUGGCCCCAAAUUGUAGAAACUUGGUUAAGAUCUCUUCCUAAAUAAAUCUUAACUAAGCUUUGGUCUUGUUUGGAGGAAAAAUGAAGGUUACUUUCUGUGGGUCACAGGAUCACAGAAAUUGACUAAUAUAUGUAUUAGAAUUAUGGGUUAUAUGAGAAGAAAGAGACAGAGGGUUAUUUAUAAGGUCUUUAGAAUUCAGAAUGUGCCUAUCUUUAUUCAAAUGAGAGUUGUGAUAUUAUAUGAAGAAGAGGACAUAUCCAUAAGUAAAAAUUGGACAGUAUCUUACACAUAGUAACUACUUAUAUGUUAAAUCAAAUAAAACUAACCAAAUGACUAUGGUUUUUCUAUUUUCUGGAAAUUCGAUUGCUGAUUACAUAUUAUAAAUUGAACUUUAUUCAAUUUAAAUAGGAGUUUAUUAUUUAUAGGAAUGUAGAGAGAAAUCCUCAUAUAUUGUGACAAAUCACCUCCAAGUACAUAAUUUUUUCCAAGUUCAUAUAGUCAAGCCACAUUUGCCUAAUAAAUUGUAUGUAUGUAACUCUUCAGUUUCUUAAUUGAGUGGCGAUAACACUAAGACUUUUCAUAUCAAUAGAAUUUCAUAAAAUGUGGAACCAAGUACUCAGUACAAUAUUAUGAAUACCUUUUUAAAUAUGAAAGACAUGUUGCCUUGUGUGCUCAAUAAAUAAAUGGUCAAAAGUUAUCUCUAGAUGGUUUCCAAAGAAUGAGAUGUCAAAUUAAAUAAUUAUGUGAAAUAAUCACAUAACAAGAGAAAUGCAAAUAAAACAACUUUGAGAUACCAUCUUCAAAACACAAAAAUGUGUAAAAUCAUUUUAAAUGGAAAAAAUAUAAUAAUAGCAAAAAUGUUAGGAAAUAGAAACUUCCAGGAGAACUUCAAAUGGUGCAAAAAAUUUUCUGAAACAGAAGUAAUAAAGUCA